AUGACUGCAGGACUCAACCAGAACACCCUGGUACACAUGGCUGUCUUCCAUGUCUCACCACUGCAACUUGUUGGUUCUCUGGAGAUAAACAAGAACGUAUUUGGGAACACUGUCAUAGAUGUCAGUCUUUCUCAAGGAGUACUAGCUGUGUCUCACAGCACAAAGGUCGUAAAACUCUAUAGUUUUGAACACAUCCUGAAAAAGUUCAUGAUGAAGAGAUGGGAGCUUGGAGACCCAUGCCACUUAAAGAGCACUGACGUUGUGGGAGAUGCACCUUGUGGUAUUCCAGUCAAUAUUGACAUCAAGGGAACCGAAUGCCCUGUUCUUUACGCUGUGCUGUUUGAGGUGCCGUGCUUUGACAACGGUAUUCAGAUCGAAGGCCAUCCAUGGCACUACGUCUACACGUCACGCCAAGGCGCCCACCACAUCUGCUCACUGGAGGACAAAGCUCUGGUACAUUUUCAUGGAAUUUAAGACAUGAAAAGUUGCUCUCUGGAGUCCGACUGGAUCUACUUCCACCCUGAUGACUCAGGCAGGAUCAUCCAUGUUGGGCCUAGCACCAUUAAUAUGCUGAAGAUCCAAGGUGGGCUAGAGACUAACAUGUCAUCUCGAGUAGUUCAGGACUUUUCCAUCACAGUGCACAGAGAUAACAGAGCUGCUGCCCAGGUCACUGUGACCUCCUCGGGCCGUACGGUAAAGAGGAGAUUCCAUCAGCUGGAUGAUGACCCAGAACAGGAGACCUUCCGGAUAGUUGAGUUUGAGGAUGAACUGGACCUCCUGGCAGUGGUGGAGGUGACCAGCAGUGCUGAUGAAGGAAGAGCGCAAGUCCGUCUCCAUGACAACCAGAGUGGGAUGUUACUGAAGAGGAUCCCUCUCAUGGAGUCCUGGGACGAGACCUACAGGCAUGAACUGUUCUUCGAUAAAGACACAAUUGUUCAUAUUGGACAAACAAAGACCAACUUCUGCUGCAGUGUUUACAAAAUUAAACACGGGAUGGAGGAGCUAGAUUGA